AUGCGGAGUAGCAGAGACGAAAUGCGGCUAUCGUUGCAAUCUCAUAAUACUAUGGUCACCUUAAAGGAGCCAUUCUAUACUCAAGUGAAGAAAUGGAGCGAGUAUAAGUCAACCUUAAGACAUUUUCGAAAGAAGCAUUUAGAUGAUCGGAAGUGUCUCAUGUGUAAAGAAGAUCUCUUACAUGAGAUGCAUCUUCGUAGGCACGCAGAAAUGGGCUAUGCGAGUAGUCAGGCUGUUUUGCCCAUUGUCGUCUUCCAUGGCCCCAAUCUCGAUAAGACCAAGACAAAUGUCUACAAGAUCAUCGUGCUCGUACGAACGACCAUCACGAUCAAGAUGUGGUGUCACACUAAGAUCAAUAGCGUGGGCGUCGAUCAGCUCGUUGACCUUAAGCGGUCGAGUGGAGAAGCAAAGCACGGUCAGAACCUACCGCACGUCCUCAACGUAUUCUUCGUUGAUACUGCACAAUGUUCGCAC